UAUGCUAUCACUGCAAGACCCUUUAAGUUUUCAGAUGCUGCUAAUAAGAUUGCAAAUGUGCAUAUACCUUGCCUUGGGUUCCUGUAAAUGAUGUGCUCCAGUCUGAAGUGCUCCAGCCCGGCAGUUCCUUGUUUUUCUAGUUGGUAUUUGUCAGCUGAGCAAGCAGUUAGCUUCCACUUGAAGGCAGAGGGAAGCAGGGGGGAAGUGCAGUUUGGCACAUUAGAAAAGAGCUACUUUCAGAGCAGUUGCUGCAGCUGUUCACAAACUUCAUUUACGAUGCCCUUUCCAAACAGGUCCUCCAGGACACGCCAGCGUAUAGUACUUUUAGUGGGCAUCAUGGUCCUGAUAGUGACAAUUGUUGUUGUGCUGGCUGCUGUACUGGCACAUGGAAGAAAAGAGUCUAGUGUGCAGCUGCUAGAGUGGAAAGGCAGAGGGACCACUAAAAAUCUGCAAGAAGUCAUCCUUGGGAGGUGUUAUAACUACAUCACAACGGUGAACCCUGAGCUGAGAGACAAGGAUUGCCAAAAAAUAUGGGAAACAAUGAAAAAUGCAUUUGUUUACAAGAACCCAUGUAAUAUUACAACAGAAGAUUAUCAGCCAUUAUUGGAUUUGGCAAGUCAUCCUGUCCCCUGUAACAAGUCAUUAUUUUGGAGCAAAACAAAUGACCUUGUUCAUCGUUACACAAAAGCCAAUCACAAUUUAUUCACUCUGGAGGACACCUUGUUAGGCUAUAUGACUGAUGGGGUCUCAUGGUGUGGAAGCCCUUCUAGACCAGGAAUUAAUUAUGAAUCCUGUCCAAAAUGGAGUGAAUGUGAGAGCAACCCUAGCACUGUGUAUUGGAAAAUGGCAUCUAAGAUGUUUGCAGAAGCAGCAUGUGGAGUGGUUCAAGUGAUGCUCAAUGGAUCAGUAGAUGAUGCAUUCAGAAGUAGCAGCAUUUUUGGAAGUGUUGAGAUCUUUAACUUAGACCCAGACAAAGUUUCUGCAGUGCAGAUAUGGCUUAUGCAUAACAUCGGUGGACCUCACAGAGAGUCCUGCGUGGGGCACUCCAUAACAAAGUUAACAAGCAUCUUGGAGGAACGAAAUUUGAGUGUCUCCUGUGAGGACAAUUAUAGGCCAGUUCAGCUGCUUCAGUGUACAAGUGACCCUGACCAUGCAGACUGCAGACUUUGCACCAGUAAUGUACAGUGAAACACACAAUACUGCACAUUGCUAAAUUAUUCCUUAAUUGUGUACAAUACUAAACAAGAGUGUGUGUAUAUAUUGUAUAGAGUACUAGGUUGUAUAAAAACACUGUAUGUUAAAAAUAUUUGCUGUGGCACUAAUAGAUGAAUGGAAGGAGAUGCUAUUUGAGGUAUGGUUACUGUACACAUGCACCUACUGCCCAAGCUGGCUUCCACCCUCUUCAGCCUGAGGCCAAAAGGUCCACAAUCUGUUACCUCUAAGCUGUGUGCUUGUGCGGCUGCUCAGGAAAAAUUCAAAUGCUGCCCAGCUGAUUAGUAGAGUGCCCACAGCUAGGUUUUGUUUUCAC